AGAGAUGUCAAUACAUAAGACACAGCCACCAUGAAACUCCUUACGGUUCUUCUUGCUUCAGUAACAUUGUGUGCUGGAGGCGCAAUUCCUUCGGUGCCAGGAGACAACAGCCACUAUGUCGAAGGAGUGAGCCGCUACAUCUGGAUGCCAGAUGGCGAUGGUGUUCCUCAUUUGGUAGAUCUUCAGGCGCCAGUGGAUGAGGCGCAGCUAUUGAGCACUAGGAAUGGCGCCAACAACCAAUAUUGGCUCUUUACCAGACAAAAUCCAACCAGUCGUCAAGUUUUGGUCAAUGGUAACAUUAAUUCUGUACGUAACUCGAACUACCGAGCUAACAGACCCACUAAAGUUAUUGUGCACGGAUGGAACAACAAUGGCAACACCCAAAUGAACCCGUUGAUCACUUCCGCUUUCCUGGCGGUUCAAGACGUCAAUGUGAUUGUUGUAGACUGGAACCAACUUGCUAAUGGCGCAUAUACAACGGCAGUGCGCGGUGUGCCUGAUGUUGGCAGUCAUCUAGGAAACUUUUUGAUUUGGCUUUUCAAUAACGCUGGUGGUAACUGGAAUCAACUACACUUGGUGGGCUUCAGUUUGGGCGCUCAUAUUGUUGGCAAUGCUGGUCGUACUGUCGGAGGUCGAGCUGUCCGUGUCACAGGUUUGGAUCCUGCUGGCCCACAGUGGGGAGGUAAUCCCAACGCACUCAAUCGUAAUUCAGGCGUAUAUGUCGAAUCUAUCCACACCGAUGGUCGUCUCCUGGGUAUUUUCGAUCCUAUCUCUAACGCUGAUUUCUACCCCAACGGUGGUAGAAACCCACAGCCUGGCUGCCUCAUCAGUACCUGUUCCCACGGCCGUGCUACUGAGCUUUUCGCUUCCAGUAUAAGGUUUAACCACUUUGUCGGGAGACAAUGCAAUAAUCUUAAUGAAGCUCAACUUAGCAGCUGCAAUGGUGGACAACUUCGUAUGGGUAACGCUGACGUAGGAAAACGAGGAGCGGGUCUUUUCGGGUUAAGAACUGGAAACAACUGGCCUUUCUAAAUAAAGAAUUGAUACAAACUCUUAUAAAAAAACAUUAAAAUGCCUUUUAAAACAAUUUAAA